AUGCCCACGGCCUUCGCUCUCUUGCUCCUCCUGAGUCAGGCUACCUCAGACCCAUGCUACGAUCCAGGAGGGCACCCUCGCUUCUGCCUGCCCCCAGUGACCCGGCUGGCUGGCAGAGUGACAGCCCCCUGUCCUCAGGCCUGUGUGCUUCCUGCAGCUAACCCUGGCCCUGGCCCCACCUGCAAUGGCAGUCUGAUCCUGGACCUGGAUGGCCCCUUCCUCCUGACAUCUGUCACCCUGCGCUUCUGCACCCCAGGGCCCCCAGCUCUGGUCCUUUCUGCUGCCUGGGCCAGAGGGGGCCCCUGGAGGCCACUGUGGUACAGACCUGCCUGGCCUGGGGCCCUGGAGGGCCCUGAGAGGGUAACCUUUCAUUCCCCACCAGGCCCCAAGGCUUGGGUAGUGGCCAGUCACCUCCGUGUGGAGUUUGGGGGCCAGGCAGGGCUAGCAGCCACUGGGGUGAGAGGCCGCUGCCAGUGCCAUGGCCAUGCUGCCCAGUGCGCUGCCCAGGCCCGGCCCCCUCGCUGCCGCUGCCGCCACCAUACCACUGGCCCAGGGUGUGAGAGCUGCCGCCCAUCCCAUCAAGACUGGCCCUGGAGGCCUGCCACACCCCGGCAUCCCCACCCAUGCCUGCCCUGCUCCUGUAACCAGCAUGCCCGACGCUGCCGAUUCAACUCUGAACUAUUCAGGUUAUCAGGCGGCCACAGUGGGGGUGUGUGUGAGCGAUGCCGCCACCACACGGCUGGGCGGCAUUGUCACUACUGCCAGCCAGGAUUCUGGAGGGACCCAAGCCAGCCCAUCACCAGCCCCAAGGCAUGCAGGGCCUGCCAGUGCCACCCAAUUGGAGCAACAGGAGGCAUGUGCAACCAGACCAGUGGGCAAUGCUUCUGCAAGCUAGGAGUCACAGGCCUGACAUGCAAUCGCUGUGGUCCCGGCUACCAGCAGAGCCACUCCCCUAGUAUGCCCUGCCAGCGAAUUCCCGAGGUAACAACCACCCUUGCUACUACUCCAAUUGCUUCUCGCUCUGACCCACAAUGUCAAAACUACUGCAAUGUCUCGGACACCAGUGUGCACAUGAGCCUGCAGAGGUUCUGCCAGCAGGAUUACAUACUGCGUGCUCAGGUGCUGGCGUCGGAGGCGGCGGGUUCCGAGUGGUGGCGGCUGGCGCUACGCGUGCAGGCGGUGUACAAGCAGCGCGCACGACCGGUGCGCAGAGGCGGCCAGGAGGCCUGGGUGCCGCACGCCGAUCUGGCCUGCGGCUGCCUGCGCAUCCGACCAGGCACCGACUACCUGCUGCUGGGCGCGACGAGCGCCCCGGACCCCACAGCCCCUGCGCACCUCGUGCUUGACCGCCGCAGCCUCGCGCUGCCCUGGAGGCUGCGCUGGUCCCGGCCGCUGCGGCGGCUACAGCAGCAGGAGCUCGAGGGUGGCUGCCAAGGCCUGCGGCCCCCUCCGCCGAGCCAGCGUCCCCAACAGUAGCCGACCUCGACUGCCACGUGCGUCGGUGCGGAGCCAACCAGAAGCUUCGAGGUCCUGACGUCACUUCACCUGAGUGUGGCAGUUAACAAAUGGCGGGAAAC